AGAAAAAAACAGCAGUUGCAAAGCCUCUCUUCUAUUACUUGCAGACCAUGGCAGGACGGUCCUUUCAACACCUUCUUAGCUUUCUUAUGUUUUUGCUGCUAUGUGCCAAACCUAGCCUGGGGAAUGUUACUGGGUGCAUAGAGAGGGAGAGACAAGCUCUCCUUCACUUCAAACGUCGCCUUGUCGAUGACUAUGGCCUUCUUUCUUCUUGGGGAGAUGAACAUGACAACAGAAAUUGUUGCAACUGGAGAGGAGUCCAGUGUAGUAACCAGUCAGGUCAUGUCAUCAUGCUUCAUCUUCAAGCCCCUUGGUCUGAAAAUACUUGGGAGUACCAGUCUCUAAGAGGUGAGAUAAGUCCUUCACUGCUUGAAUUGGAGCACUUAAUUCAUUUGGAUCUCAGCUGUAAUGAUUUUGAAGGGAGGCAUAUACCUCCAUUCCUUGGUUCCCUCAGCAGAAUGCAGCACCUCAAUCUCUCUCAUGCCAAUUUCACUCAAACUGUUCCCACUCAACUGGGAAAUCUUUCCAACUUGCUUUCCCUUGACCUCGGCGGUGGUUAUUCUGAUUUGAAUUCUGGGAACCUGGAGUGGCUUUCUCGUCUUUCUUCUUUAAGACACCUUGACCUGAGUUCUGUCAACCUUAGUAAAGCCAUCCACUGGUCCCAAGCAAUUAAUAAACUCCUUUCUCUCAUUCACUUGGAUUUACGAGGUUGUGAUCUCCCUCCCAUCCCCCCACUCACCAUUCCGUCUCUUUCCCAUGGGAAUUCCUCUGUCCCUCUUGUUUUCCUUGAUCUCUCUGGGAAUUAUCUCACUUCUUCAAUAUACCCAUGGCUGCUCAACUUUAAUACCACCCUCCUUCAUCUUGAUCUCUCUGAGAAUGAUUUAAACGGUUCGAUUCCGGAAUAUGCUUUUGGGAACAUGAGUUCCCUUGAAUAUCUUGAUCUCUCUGGGAGUUCUCUCACUUCUUCAAUAUACCCACGGCUGCUCAACUUUAAUACCACCCUCCUUCAUCUUGAUCUCUCUUAUAAUGAUUUAAACGGUUCGAUUCCGGAAUAUGCUUUUGGGAACAUGAGUUCCCUUGAAUAUCUUGAUCUCUCUGGGAGUUCUCUCACUUCUUCAAUAUACCCAUGGCUGCUCAACUUUAAUACCACCCUCCUUCAUCUUGAUCUCUCUGAUAAUGAUUUAAACGGUUCGAUUCCGGAAUAUGCUUUUGGGAACAUGAGUUCCCUUGAAUAUCUUGAUCUCUCUGGGAGUUCUCUCACUUCUUCAAUAUACCCAUGGCUGCUCAACUUUAAUACCACCCUCCUUCAUCUUGAUCUCUCUUAUAAUGAUUUAAACGGUUCGAUUCCGGAAUAUGCUUUUGGGAACAUGAGUUCCCUUGAAUAUCUUGAUCUCUCUGGGAGUUCUCUCACUUCUUCAAUAUACCCAUGGCUGCUCAACUUUAAUACCACCCUCCUUCAUCUUGAUCUCUCUGAUAAUGAUUUAAACGGUUCGAUUCCGGAAUAUGCUUUUGGGAACAUGAGUUCCCUUGAAUAUCUUGAUCUCAGCUGGAAUGACCUUGAUGAAAUUCCGGAUACAAUUGGAGACAUGGGUUCACUUGCAUAUCUUGAUCUCUCUGAAAAUCAACUGCGGGGCUCCAUUCCAGAUACAGUUGGGAAGAUGGUUUUACUUUCACAUCUUGAUCUCUCUGGCAAUCAAUUGCGGGGUUCAAUUCCAGACACAGUUGGGAAGAUGGUUUCACUUUCACAUCUUGAUCUCUCUUUCAAUCAACUGCAGGGCUCCAUUCCAGAUACAGUUGGGAAGAUGGUUUUACUUUCACAUCUUGAUCUCUCUCGCAAUCAACUGCAGGGCUCCAUUCCAGAUACAGUUGGGAACAUGGUUUCUCUUGAAAUUCUCUAUCUCUUUCAGAAUCAUCUUCAAGGUGAGAUUCCAAAAUCCUUGAGUAAUUUAUGUAACUUACGAGCAUUAGAGUUGGAGAGAAACAAUCUUUCUGGACAGCUUGCACCAAACUUUGUGGCCUGUGCAAAUGACACAUUAGAGACUCUGUUUUUAUCGGAUAACCAGUUCAGUGGAUCAGUUCCUGCUCUCAUUGGAUUUUCAUCCUUGAGAGAGUUACAUCUUGAUUUUAAUCAACUAAAUGGAACUUUACCUGAAAGUGUUGGACAGCUGGCCAAACUUUAUUCCUUGGAUAUUGCCUCAAAUUCAUUGCAAGGCACUAUCUCUGAAGCCCAUCUCUUUAAUCUAUCCCGGUUGUCCUAUUUAGACUUAUCUUCCAACUCUCUCACUUUCAACAUGAGCUUGGAUUGGGUUCCUCCAUUUCAACUGGAUUCUCUACGAUUAGCCUCCUGCAAAUUGGGACCUCGUUUUCCUAGUUGGCUUCGUACUCAAAACUGGUUGAGUGAGCUUGAUAUCUCCAAUUCUGAAAUUUCAGAUGUCCUCCCAGACUGGUUUUGGGAUGUAACCUCAAGGAUCAUCGAUACCUUGAGUAUUUCCAACAAUCGGAUCAAUGGGACCUUACCGAAUUUAUCAUCAAAAUUUGGUUCUUUUUCUAAAAUAGAUAUGAGCUCAAACUGUUUUGAGGGUUCAAUACCACAACUUCCUUAUGAUGUGCGAUGGUUGGAUCUCUCCAAUAACAAGUUAUCGGGGUCCAUUUCUUUAUUAUGUACAAUUGGUAAGCAGUUACUUCUACUUGACCUCUCAAACAACUCAUUGUCGGGAGGGCUGCCCAAUUGUUGGGCGCAGUGGGAAAGCUUGGUAGUUCUUAAUUUGGAAAAUAACAGAUUUUCUGGGCAAAUUCCAAAUUCAUUUGGCUCCUUGCGAUCAAUUCAAACACUACAUUUGCGCAACAACAAUUUAACCGGAGAAUUGCCUUUGUCUUUUAAGAAUUGUACAAGUUUGAGGUUCAUUGAUUUGGCAAAAAAUAGGUUAUCAGGAAAAAUACCAGAAUGGAUUGGAGGAAGCCUUCCAAAUCUGAUUGUUCUAAACCUAGGAUCUAAUAGAUUCAGUGGAGUUAUAUGUCCAGAGCUAUGCCAAUUGAAAAAUAUUCAAAUAUUAGACCUCUCCAGCAACAAUAUAUUAGGUGUUGUACCGAGAUGUGUUGGUGGUUUCACUGCCAUGACUAAGAAAGGGAGCUUGGUCAUUGCUCAUAAUUAUUCAUUUGCACAACUCAGACAAAGUCCCAUUUCCUUCGUUCAUGACUCUCGGCAUCAAUUUAUUAGGAAUGCCUCUUAUGUUGAUAGGGCAUUGGUCAAAUGGAAAGCAAGAGAAUUUGAUUUUAAAAGUACCCUUGGGCUUGUAAAGAGUAUUGAUCUUUCAAGCAACAAACUAUCGGGGGAAAUUCCAGAAGAAAUAAUUGAUCUUAUAGAAUUAGUUUCAUUAAACUUAUCAAGGAACAAUUUGACUGGACUGAUCCCUGGAAGAAUUGGUCAAUUGAAAUCAUUGGAGGUUCUUGAUUUGUCUCAAAAUCAUCUUUUUGGCGAAAUUCCUGCUAGUCUUGUUGAAAUAAGUGGUCUAAGUGUCUUAGAUCUCUCUGACAACAACUUGUCCGGUAAAAUUCCACAAGGUACUCAACUUCAAAGCUUCGAUAUUGAUUCCUACAAGGGAAAUCCUGUACUCUGUGGAUUGCCUCUUCUGAAAAAGUGUUUUGAAGAUAAAAUAAAGCAAGAUUCUCCCACUCAUAACAUUGAAGACAAAAUUCAGCAAGAUGGAAAUGACAUGUGGUUUUAUGUUAGCGUUGCUCUUGGAUUCAUUGUUGGAUUUUGGGGAGUGUGUGGAACUUUACUACUCAACAACUCAUGGAGAUAUGCCUAUUUCCAAUUCUUGAAUAAAAUAAAAGAUUGGCUCUACGUUAUUAUAGCAAUAAAUAUGGCUAGAUUACAAAGGAGUCUUCAAAGUUAAAUGGACUGCAACUCUUGUUCUUGCCAUAUUAACAUGGUUGAAUGCAAAUCGUUGUCCUUCCUUCUAUGAUUGAUUUUGAGAUGUAAUAGGUUUCUUGUUUUAUUUUGAGGAUUACUUAUGUUCUUUAGAUGCAUAUUUUAUAUUUUAUUCAGAAAUUUGUGUGA